AUGUCAUAAGUGUUUACCUUCCUGCAACCAUGGCGACGGAGGACGCUGCUUCUGGAACAUGCCUCGACUUACACCCUAUAUUAAGUGAAAUACAGAAUGCUACCAAAGCUAAGAGGCGAAAGGCACUUGAACUGUUUUACAAAAUAACAUUUGAAAGUGAAGAGGAGGUGGAUAAAGAUCGGUUGUCGAGAAUUUUCGGGCUUUCUUGGACGUUGCUUUUGGCACGCAUGUCAGAUGAGUCUGAGAUCAGCCGAAUUAAUGCCUCAAACAGUGUUCUGAAAUUUAUUGAAUUGAGAGUUGUGUCAGAAGAUCACUUAGUUGAUAUAAUCCCCAUCGUUCACCAUAGACUGGCUGUUAAUCCUAUUUUAGAAGAGAGUGAAGAUGUCAGGAAAAUUCUAAUUGAUAUUAUUAAAGCUCUAACAAUUAGAUUUGAAUCUAAAUUGAUUCCAUUCAUGAAUGAUGUGGUUAACAUUCUUAAAAGGUCAGUAGUUGAUAAAAGUCCAGACGUACGAAAAGCAGCAAGUGAGUGUGUUAGCUGUUACGCCAAAGCCACAAAUGAGAAGUUUAACAUGCAGUCUAAAUCAUUGGUUGAACCACUUCUGAAAGCAUUAUGUCAUCAGAGGUUCAAGAAUAGAAUAGCCUGCAUAAAUGCCUUGGGGGAUUUACUUUUGUAUGGAGACAGCAGUGCUAUCCAAGAUGUCAGUUGCCCGUUGGCUAGGUGUACAAUGGAUCUUCCACAAGUUCGCUUGUCAUUGGUAGAAGUUGGUGGGGCUUUAGCACUGCAGAUGCCUGACCGCUAUUCUUACUGGCAUCGUAUUCUUCCUUUACUUCUGUUUGGGCUAAGAGAUGAUGAUGCUGAAGUGAGGCAGAAAUCCGAGGAACUCUGGAUGAAAGUUGGACUACAGUUUGAAACUGAGAACAUUGAACAACUGAAGACUGACGUUGAUUUUGAUGUCACUCUGGAAAAUUAUCCUGCUGGAGAAGCGAGACCUGGUGUAGGGUGUCGAGUUCUUGUGAGACGUGCAUUGUAUCAUAUUCUUCCUGGCCUGAUGAAUGACUUGGAUGAUUGGCAGGCAGGGUCCAGACUACAGGCAGCUAAACUUUUGACUGUCCUAAUCCUCAAUGCUGAUGUAGGAAUAACUCAGUAUGCAGAGAAGAUUCUUAUGGGUCUCAACUUAGUAGCAAGUGAUAAAGAGGAAAAUGUUGUGAAGCAGGUUAUUGAGUGCAGCAGAUAUCUUGGCCACUUCCUUCCUCCAAAGACAUACUUGCCACUCAUCGUGCCCAGAUUGAGUAUGUAUGAGAAUGGGGAAUGUCCAUUAACAAUAUUGGCUUCUUUAGCUGAAGGCACAAUGAGUUCUCAACUCCAGGAAAAUAUAACUGAUAUCAUUACAGCUGUUUCAGCUGAGGAUGUAGCCUACGUGUCUCAAGAUAAACAUCAAAGGGCUCUUCUACAGCUGACCCAUAUACUAAUAACUAAGUGUGACCCAAGUGAAAGCAGUUUCAAUAUUUUCCGCAUCUUAUUAUUUAUUGCAUCAUCUUCGGAAAUGGAUAAUAAUGUCAACAUUGCACUAGAUCAAUUGGAUGUUCUAUCAAAUAAAACUGGAUGUGCAGAAACAAGUGAAUUAUACCGAAGACACCUUAAUACAACUCUGAAGAGUCUUCUUGCAUCUGCCAGUUGCUGGAGUGAACAUACCCCACAGUUCCUGAUGUUUGCGGGCUUAAUGGAACUAGCAGGUCAGUCCCUUGGAUAUGAAAUAGAGCUGUUUGUCAAAGUGCUUGUUGCAUGUGUUCCAAAGAAACAAGAUCCAUAUGUCAGUCUGCGUUGUUUAACAAAACUACGGACUCUUCUGUUUCGGGAAGAUAAGCCACUUGAAUCAAGUGGUCAUCUUGGACUGUGGCUUCCUGAACUUGUCUCUGAUUGCAUAGCAGUGUUUUUGCCGUGGCAUGCUGGUGCCACAGCUGAAGCUUUGAGAACAGCCGCUGUGGCAUGCUUAGAGGCUGUUUUCAAAAUCGCCAGUACUGAAUCCCGUGUGAUAGAAGAGCUAAGGAAAUGUUUAGCUUUAAUUCCGGCCUUAAUAGAGGAUGAUGCAGAAGACACUCGCCGCUUCUCUUGUGAUGUCAUUUACUGGACGGUCACAAAUUACUUCCAGUUAAUCGAUUCAGAAAAAUUUCACAUGUUUGCUAAUAAACUAGUGAAGAGAUUUGAUGAUGUAUCACAAUUGAUUCGACUGAAAGCAGCUCAUGUUUUAGAAGUGUUAUUUAAUAGUUUGCCAGAAAAUUACGAUCCCAGAUUGCACUUUGGCCAGCUGCAAGACCUGUAUACAGAUGCAGUAAUAUUCUUAGAUGAUACUGAUGAUAAACUGCAGGAAGCUGUCUCAGUUACCCUGGAGAAAAUGGGGAGGGCAUGUCCAGAACUGCUCAUUACAACGUUGGAGAAAGAUAUUCAUAAGUAUCGGAAUGCACAAAACUGCCAUAAACUUAUCGACUCGAUGAAGGCUCUGCAAGUUUGUGAACAAAAAUAAUCAUCAUGCAUAUUUCUUGUUUCACAUUAAAAUGUGACUGACUUCUUUUGUUUUAGAACAAAUUUCAAAUCUAAUUACCAGUACCUAGCCCAUAGAAGCACUACUAUGAGAAGAAUUAAUGGGUAAGUUCCUUAUGUAUGAUUCUUUUUCUAUAGCAAAAAUACAUAAUUUUCUAGUAUACAACAGUAUUCAUUAAAUUUGUUAUUAUCCAAAUAAAAGGCUCAAAAGCAUGACCCCAAAAUGCAACAGA